AUGACCACCAGCAGCGGCAGCAGCGGUGUCGGCAGCAGCAGUAGCGGCGGCGGCGGCGGCAGCAUCCGCGGGGCCAGUCCCUCGGAGCCCCGUGACCCCCGUGACCCCCAGGCGGAGGCCGGGACAGAUGCCAGAGGACCCUCCGGGGUGGCUCUGAAGAAACGGAUCGGCCUCCUCGGCGCCUGCGCCCUGAUAAUCGGUAACAUCAUUGGCUCAGGGAUCUUUGUGAGUCCCAAGGGGGUCCUGCAGAACGCUGGCUCGGUGGGUCUGGCCGUCAUUGUGUGGGUUUCUGCCGGAGUUGUCACAGCAAUCGGUGCGCUCUGCUAUGCGGAGUUGGGGGUGACCAUCCCCAAGUCGGGGGGAGACUACUCGUAUGUCAACGACAUCUUUGGAGGACUGGCUGGGUUUCUGCGUCUGUGGAUCGCGGUGCUGGUCGUCUCCCCCACUACGCAGGCCGUGAUUGCGCUCACCUUCUCGAACUACAUCCUGCAGCCCCUCUUCUCCUCCUGCCUCCCCCCAGAAAGCAGCACGCGCCUGCUGGCUGCGGCCUGCCUGCUGUUCUUGACGUGGGUGAACUGCUACAGCGUGCGCUGGGCCAUGUUUGUCCAGGAUAUCUUCACAGCCGGCAAGCUUUUGGCCUUGGGUCUCAUCAUAAUCCUGGGUGUCGUCCAAAUAUGCAAAGGUCACUAUUACUGGUUGUCGCCAGUUAAAGCUUUUGAGACCUUCCGAGACUACGACGUCGGUCAGUUGGCGCUGUCCUUCCUACAAGGCUCCUUUGCUUACGGAGGCUGGAACUUCCUCAACUACGUCACAGAGGAGCUGGUUGACCCGUGCAGGAAUCUGCCUUACGCCAUCUUCAUCUCCAUGCCUGUGGUCACCUUAGUUUACGUGUCCGCCAACCUGGCCUACAUCACAGCCAUGAGCCCCCAGGAGCUGCUGGCCUCCAAUGCUGUGGCAUUGACAUUUGGAGAGAAAAUGCUCGGACUAAUGUCAUGGAUCAUGCCCAUCUCUGUGGCGCUCUCCACCUUCGGGGGGGUCAAUGGCUCCCUCUUCACAUCGUCUCGGCUGUUUUUUGCCGGCGCGAGGGAAGGCCAUCUCCCACGUCUGCUGGCCAUGAUUCACAUCAAAAGCUGCACUCCCAUCCCAGCCUUAGUGUUCACUUUUAGCUCCACCCUGCUGAUGUUGUGCACCAGUGACAUGUACACCCUCAUAAACUACGUGGGUUUCAUCAACUACUUCUUCUAUGGCAUCACUAUCGCCGGGCAGGUUGUGCUGCGCAUCAGAGAGCCUGACCUGUAUCGGCCGUUUAAGGUGAGCCUGAUAUGGCCAAUGAUCUACCUGCUGUUCUGGGCCUUCCUGCUGGUCUUCUCCCUCUACUCUGAGCCUGUCGUCUGUGGUACUGGUCUGGCUAUCAUGAUGACCGGUGUCCCAGUAUAUUUCCUGGGAGUCUAUUGGGAAAACAAGCCGCAGUGUUUUGAUAUUGCUAUUGGUAAAAUUACUCAUCUGUGCCAAAAGCUCUGUGUGGUGGUUUAUCCAGUCAUGGAGGAGAGCAGCGGGCCUGAAGAUGAAGAUGAUGAUGAUGAUGACGACGACGACGACUGAACAUGUGCAUGAACGAAAGCUGGAAAUGUCUCAAACUUUUGGGUUAAAAAAAAAAAAAACUCUUGGUGAAGACCCUCAAAGUUAUCAUACAUAUUCACUUGUG